AUGAGUUGGAGUUGGCGGGCAUAUUUGUCGUUGCUGGUGCUGGCAUCAGCGUGCUUCAGCGUCAGCUGCCAGAGGACUCAGGGGCCGUCCACGCUAACAGUGUCGCGGGAAGAAAUACGCUCGGGCGACUCCUACAACGUCACCUGCCGCUGGGAUGCGGCGGCUGUGAGCCCUGAGCAUAUCCAAAUCCAGUCGGCCCCAAGAGGCAGCCAAACCAGCCACAGAACGGCGACGGACACAACGGUCGUGGAUAGCGUGGAUAGUGCAACGGUUGGCGAAUGGCAGUACGAGUGCAUGCAGGAUGGUAGGACCCUCAUGGGGCUAUAUGUUCGAGUGGGGGCACGACUGCAGGUUGAGGACUUUGAGUGCCGCAUCAACCUCUAUGAUGCCACAAUGAUGACAAACUGCAGCUUCAGCAAGCCGAAUGGCGUCAAACUUCAUGGGGAUAAUGUCUCGUUUUAUCUAAAGGAGGAAAAACUGCCUCCAGUCCAGUGCACGGACUAUCCGCACAACGCCUCCAGGAUACUGUGCCGCAUUGACCCGGGCGCUAUGCCAAAGGCAAUAUUUGAGCCGAGCCACAGCUACACGCUGAGCAUGACCGAUUCAGUGGGCAACCAGACGCAGCAUUUCAUUCGGACGAAAGAACAAGUCCGUGUCCUGGAUUGGCCCAACAAAGAUCAGCCCCUGACCCCGUCGGGCAAUUACAGCUGCUUGAUCUGGCAGAAUUCCAAGUGGCUUGAGCACUACGAACAAGAAGAAUCGAUUGAGUGGCAGGUGCGUGUGAUUCCCCUGAACGAUGCGAUCGCCGAGACCGUGAUAAACCCCAACGAAACUCGCUGCGACGACAAAAGCAGAACGCGUGAAACUUUUUGCGUGAAUAUGCCGCCCUAUCCAAACCAGCAGUUUGAGCUGAGCCUGCGACGGCGCUUUAGCCUGCCAGAGGCGCCUUGGAGUGAAAUGAUAACGCGCCAGUUCUGGGUGCCCAAAUCGAUACCCAGCCGGCCGCCACGACUUCUACCGAAUGGAUUCUACCUCGAUCCCAGAUCCAAGGGACUGUACAUCUUCUGGGAGCAGCUGAGGGCGCUGGAACACAACGCUCCCAAUCUGACCUACAGUCUAACGACCAGCGACGGAAAGCAGGCGAGUCGCGUCGGUCGCAACUUUGCCAUCUUUCCACACUGGGACGACGCCAGGGACUCCACCAUAACCGUAUGCAGUGAAAACUCCGAGGGAAGGUCGCUGAACUGCAGCGAUCUGUAUGUACCAGUCCUAGAAAACGCCAAGGAGCGACAGCCGCAGGCCUUGAAAUACGACAAGGCGACACACACCCUCAGCUGGACGGCGCCAGAGAUGAGUUCUGGCCUUCUGCAUUACACCGUCUACUGGUGCUCCCCCGUCAACGAUACCCAGAAGAUUUGCGACGAUUCGCAGGCCGUGGAUCUGCUGACGCUGAACGAUGCUUCCCGGCAAGAGCACCGCUUCGACAGAUCGAUGGAGAUGAUCAAUUUGGGCAUAGCGGCCACAUACCAGGACAAGGUGGACAGCGGCGGCAUGCAAUGGUUAAGGGUGGGCCUGCCCACAGAGGCUGAUCUUGGCAAGAGUCGGUAUCUGGAGGGCAUUGUCGCCCUGAUCGUGCUCUGCCUAAUCUUCAUCUCAUACCGUAGACUCCAUAGAUGUUCGGGCAUCGAAAUUGAAUUCCCAAAUGGCGUCUACGACGAUGUGGGAGAGCUCGGUAGAACGGGUGUGCCCGAGGAUGAUGACACAGAUGACACCAAAGAUCCAUCCCAAGACCCCAAUCCCGAUAGCCCAAAAAGCCCAAAAAAGACUGGUUCUGUAAUUGAACUUGCUGUAAUAGAACAUCCCACAGAGCCAACCAAACCGAUUCCCGAGCCGAGUACUCCGUUGCCAGUCACUGUUAAGCCAUGGAUUGCCCUUGCAGGCACAAUGCCCGAUAUGGUGCUAAAAGAUGAGACAGCACGAAUGUACCCAGCCGAAUCCACAACGGGUGCGAUAGAAAUUGCCACAUAUGACGCCACUCCACCGACGGCGCGACCAAUUCAGAUUAAGAAUGAGACUGAUUCAGACGGAAUGAUGACUUCUAAUGACGGGUACUUCAGCAUGGCGGCAGUGGAACCGAAUACGAGAAAAUUGAAUUUAAUAAUGAACAACAACGGUAAUGGCUACGUGACGGCACCGUCUUUCAGAUAAUCCUGGGCACCCAUCAGCCGAAUCUGAAUCUCUACUGCUUGCUACAGACGGGACUGAAUCAUCUGCAGCAGAGGAGUAGAGGGGGCUCAAUUGACUCAUUACAUUGACCUACAUUACAUUAGGCCCUGCCUUCGUUUUUUUUUUUAAUGUUAUCUUGUAUAUUAUUUAUAAAGCAAAGAAAAAAAACAUGUUCUCCUACAGACCAUAAGAAAAUUAAAAAUAACUAAAGAUAUGUACAUACAUAAGAGACUAUGUAAGUAAAUAAGAGAGAGUGCAAAAAGGA